GCAGCAGAACCAAUUCAACUACAGCAUCAAAACAAGUUGGAACAAAGUCUAUUUCUUCUAGUAGUACCAAGAAGAAGCAAGAAAAAGGUGCUCGAGCCGCGAGUGCUGCAAAUAAUAAGCAAAAAUCGUCAACAUUGCCCUCUCUGAGUUACUUCCACAAUCAACUGAUGAAUGCUCAGAAAUGUUUCAAGGACGCUCUGAGCAUAUUCCCAGCAUGGCACGAGAAGGUAAGCGAGAGACGGCGACACGCAAACAGAGGAACCGCAAAGGACUUCGGAACGUUUUUCUUACCUUUUACAGUGCGCAAUUUCGAAAGACUCCAUAAGGCGCAACGAUAUAGUCUCCUCGAGGAUCAUGCUCAUGCUUCUACAGCAGGUGGGUCUGGGAAAGAAGCAGUAAAGGCACUAAAAGACCACGUGGAGGACGAUGAUGCCCCCCAGCUCCACCAGGGUGGAAAGAAGAGUACUGCUGGGGCUAGCGGACAUGAAUCUUCUGUCCUCGCGGUGAAGAAGCCAACUAAAAAUAGCAUGAAGACGGCACGGAAACCGAGGAAAGGUAAAAUAGUUAUCCUUCCGGAUGAUGUGGUUGAGGACACGUCGAAAACCCGAAGGCGAAAAAAUCCUUUAUGGGAUGUCGCUCUUUUCAAGCAAUUGGAAAGGUAUUUUGAGCGAAAGAAGCAUCUUCAGCAGAAAAGUAAUAGUACAAGUACGUCUUUAUCCUCGAAAGCAGAAGUAGACGAGACCACGAUGAACACGGAGAACGUUGACGAGAAAGAUUUUGGCCAGCUUUUGGAGGAAUGCAAUGGUACGAGAGGCAAAAUCGAAGACAAGAAAAGUACAAAAGAUGCUUCAAGUUCAACAUCGUCUUCGGCGUCUUCAAUGAAAACUACUCGAAAAGAACAAGCCUCGGCAAAAGCGAAGCAAAAAGCAGCAGGUCACGUCGAACAUGUCCACCCUGAGCUUUCAACGACCUUUCAAUGGCCAAGCAUGGAACAUCCCGUUCCCGACAUCAGACGUCAGAGCUAUGAUGAGCGAGCACUAGACCGUAACUAUGGAUCGCUGCUAGAGAAUGUAGCGCGACGCCAACGCCAGAUUUUGGCCUCAUUCGAAGAGGACCGACUUCGCGGAGCAUCCUACGGAUUGAAGCCAACAUACAGUAUGAUCGAUCUGAAAGAGAGGAUAGCUGGUUUGAGGAGUGAGGUCAUUGCGAAGAUAGAGGAAGCAGAGAUGAAGGAUGAGCAGGAAGCGCCUAGUACGAGAACUAUCUCCUCUGGAGUUGAUUCGAGUACAACUAAGUCUGCUCCUGUAGUUGAUGAUCUUCUUGAUUCUACCUCGUCUGGCAGUAGUUGCAGACCACCUGCAACCACGCAGCAGGACUCGUCCUGCUCGUGCGAGACCAUGCUCGCCUUCCUUGACUCCCUUGUGGAUCCAACCAGUGGUGACCUCACGAUGAUCUCUGAUGACAUGCUUCCGCGCAAGCCAGUCACCUUUCCAGAGAAGGCGCGCGUUAGGGAAAUGCGUGGUCCUCCUGCUAGUUCUUGCACGACUCGCAGUAGCCAUGCUGGAGGUUCAUCUUCGAUUCGAGAAAGAGAAGGAGACCGCAAAAAUGGGGCACCACUACACCAAACGGCGCAGACAUCACAAGCACGACGUCUCCAACAUCAAUCGCCAAGGAGUCGACAUCAGCAAUAUUUGCUUGCAGAGGCGCGUAACCGUGGUUUCUUGCCACCGCAUCUAGAGGCUAAGAUGGUGACAGACAUCGUGCAUUGUGCUGACAAGAGACGGCCCUCCCGGUUCCUAGAAGAUCUGGAUAGCUUCUUAGAGAAGCAAACCUUGACACCUACUUCCUAGAGAGACAAACCUUCGGCUUCUUGAGGCUCCUAGUACUGUAGAUGAAGAUUUCUAGUCUCCCACAACUCCCUCGUGAUCUACCUCUGAUCUUCAUCAUAACUGCUUCCCAGUAGUUGUCUCACCACGACAUUUAUGGCCCACUCAACAUUCAUAUUAGACAUUUACACGACGACACCAUCACCACCUACUUGGUACUAUAAUUGAAACUUCUAUAAUUGGGAGGCGGAG